CAUAAAGACAUGCUUUAUGAAGCCAGAGGAAGUUUAGUGACAGGAGCAUGGAGACUGCUAACCGCUGAGCGGUUCUUGACCUUUCAUUCUUAUAUAUUUGCCUUGGUUUCAGAUUGAGUGACAGAGAGCAGAAUGUCAGCUAAAAAGGCUUCAGUCCAUGCUAAAUGGAUCAUCGGUAAAGUAAUUGGGACCAAGAUGGAGAAAACUGCCAAAGUUAGAGUAACUAGACUGGUGCUGGACCCCUACCUGCUGAAGUACUACAACAAAAGAAAGACCUACUUUGCCCAUGAUGCUUUGCAGCAGUGCACUGUGGGAGAUAUCGUCCUCCUCAAGGCUCUACCUGAGGCGAGAUCCAAACACGUGAAGCAUGAACUUUCUGAGAUCGUGUACAAAGUGGGUCGGGUGGUUGAUCCUCUCACUGGAAAAAGUGUGGCAGGAACAGAGUUUGUGGAGCCUCUUUCUGACCUUCUGCUCGACGAGACGACUUCACUUUCAGAAAAACUUAAAGAGCUCAACAUCUCCGCAGCCUCCACUGGAACUGAAUCCCCGUCUGUACAAACUCCUUCAACAUGAACGAAAAACAUUUACUUUUAUGUUGUUCUCUAAUGUCUUCCCUUUAAGAGUGGAUAAAAAAUAUAAGUUUAUAACUGGUAUGUGUGUGGCUGCACUGUAUAUGCGAGAAACAAGAAAAAAGAAUGGAACGUUUUGCAAUAAAAUUAAAAU